UACAGGUGUCCCUGGCUCAUGGAUUUGUGAAGAAUGAAGUGAAAAUCAUGUGGAGAUUCUUCAGUGAGUAACUUUAUAUAUAAGCGCCCUUAAACAUCACACAUUCAACAAUUUCAAGGCUGCCAGAACCAGGAAAAACAUGAAGUAAACUUUUCUAAAUGGGAAUUAAUGGUCAGGGGAGACUGUUGGUUUCAGCUGACAGGACACAUGCAGCACCUGCUUCAUAUCCCCACCCAGGACCUUCUAAGUCACAAGACAAACAUUAGUGGCUGUGAGCUGGGAGGAUGGCCAGCAGGAAUGUGACCAUAGAUGUGAUCUUCUUAACACAGACUGUGGUUGGAAUCCUGGGGAAUUUCUCCCUUCUUUGCCAUUAUAUCAACCUUUACUUCACUGGGUGCAGGUCACGGUCCACAGACGUGAUUCUUCAGCACCUGAUUGUGGCCAACUUCUUGACCCUUCUCUCUAAAGGAGUCCCCCAGACCAUGGCAGCAUUUGGGUGCGAAUUUUCCCCCAGUGAUUUUGGAUGCAAACUUAUUUUCUUUCUUCACCGAGUGGGGAGGGGAGUGUCCAUGGGGAGCAUCUGCCUCUUGAGUGUCUUUCAGGUGAUCACGAUCAGCCCCCAGAACUCCAGGUGGGCAGAGCUUAAAGCAAAAGCUCCCCAGCACAUUGUUCCCUCGAUGUGCCUGUGCUGGAUGCUCCAAAUGCUGGUCAAUGUCGUUUUCCCUGUGAAUAUAACUGGCAAAUACAGUGACAAAAAUAUCACAAACAGAAGAGAUUUUGGAUACUGUUCUGCUCUUCGUUAUGACGAAACCAGAAGCAUAUUACUUGCCUUGCUGCUGUUACUCCCUGAUGUCAUCUUGGGGCUCAUGCUCUGGGCCAGCUCCAUGGUUUUCCUCCUGUACAGACACAAGCAGCAGGUCCAGCACAUUCGCAGGAACAUCAUCUCCCCCAGGUCCUCGCCUGAGUCCAGAGCUACCCGAACCAUCCUCCUGGUGAGCAGCUUUAUCUAUUUUUACACUCUUUCCUCCAUCUUUCAAGUUAUUUUGACUUUUUUUGAUAAUCCCAGCUGGUUCCUUGUAAACAUUUCUGCAAUUAUGGCUGCGUGGUUCCCAACGGUGAGCCCCUUUCUGCUCAUGAGCCGUGACUCCACUGUACACAGUCUCUACUUUGCCUGGAUAAGGAAUGCAAAAUCACCAGCUAUUAUAAGAAGUAUGCAAAUUGUAUAUCUUUCCACAAUGCACAGUUUCCAAUUGUUCAUUCACUUGCUCAUUCAUCUCUAAGUCCUAAAAAAUUUUGAAUUUCAAAAGAGAGAAUAGGUCAUAAUGAACAUCUUUUUCAAAAUAAAAACUUGUAACCGUAUUGUCAUGAAAUACACGUAUCUUGUAAAGAAUUCUCGGAUUGACGAGUUUCUAAUACUUUCAGAAAAGGCAUUCAGAAUUUACAGAAUAAUAAUUCAAAAGGAUUGUGUAUUGUGAACUGCACAGUUGUGUAGUCUUUGAUCUAAAACAUCUUUUCCCAGGAAUGAAAUAAGUUGUGGGCUUGUACAUAAAGGUAUACAUGAACAUGGAUCCGUGUGUGCAGGGGUCAUUGAUGAAGGUGAAGAAAUCAAUGUCCUCUCAGUGUAGACAAUAGCCUGGUGUGGAGCCAGAGGUCAAAUCACUCUAAGCCAGUAGAGCCUUUGGGAAGCUGCUAUGAAUUUUAAAGAUAACAUCCUCAAUAGAUGGCAAGGAUCUAUUGGAAACAGGAGGUUUUGAAGGGAGAUUAGUAUGUUUAAAUAUUUUCAUGUAGAGACAACAAGGUUGAAGGGAAGUGCUGCAGAAGAAAAAAAAACAAAAUUAAGUUACAUCUGAUUUUAUAAAUAGAAAUAUAUUUGACAUAAAAUAUUUGUAAAUUGAGUAUGUGCCAGUUACUGUUCCAUUCACAUAUUGUAAUGUAUUGCUAUCGUUCCAUA